GCGCAUGUGUGAGUGUGAGCGGGAGAGCAAGACGAAGACGUGUUCUUUUGCCUCAAAAAGCAAAUAAUUUGUUUUAUCAGAGAAAAACAAAAAAUUCCAGCAACUGUCGGCGAUAAAAACACGACAAUCGCAUUGCAGCCACGACAGAGCCAAAAAUCAGCCUCAGCUGACCGGAAAGUUGUACACACUUGCGCUUGCGACGUGGAAAAUCACCAAGCGGACUAGAGAACGAGAACUUACUUCCGAGAAUUUCAGAAUGUGUGGCAUAUUUGCGUACUUGAACUACUUGACGCCCAAAUCGCGACAGGAUGUUUUGGAUCUCCUGGUGCAGGGACUGAAGAGGUUGGAGUACCGCGGCUACGACUCCACGGGCAUUGCCAUCGACGCCUUGAAUUCCGGGGAGGAGCAAUCCAUACUGCUGAUAAAACGGACUGGCAAAGUGAAGAUCCUGGAAGAUGCGGUGGCAGAGGUUUGCCUGGGUCAGGACUACUCCCUGCCCAUAGACACCCACAUUGGGAUAGCCCACACAAGAUGGGCCACCCAUGGCGUGCCCUCCGAGGUCAACUCGCAUCCGCAGCGGUCUGACACGGAGAACAGUUUCGUGGUGGUCCACAAUGGCAUCAUAACCAACUACAAGGAUGUGAAGACCUUGCUGGUGAAGAGGGGCUACAUCUUUGAAUCGGACACGGACACGGAGGUGAUUGCCAAGCUGGUGCAUCACCUGUGGCAACAGCAUCCUGGCUACACCUUUGGGGAGCUCGUGGAGCAGGCCAUUCAACAAUUGGAGGGCGCCUUUGCCAUUGCCUUCAAGUCGAAACAUUUCCCCGGCGAAUGUGUGGCCAGCCGCAGAGGAUCCCCGCUGCUGGUUGGCAUUAAGGCCAAAACCAAGCUGGCCACCGAUCACAUACCCAUCCUGUACGCCAAGGCCCACCGGCCACAUGGUCAGCCGCAACAGCAGGCUUUCCCAGUUCUGCCGCCCGGCGAUUGCAGUGCCGAAUUCCAGCCGCUGGAGCGCAAGGAGGUGGAGUACUUCUUCGCCUCCGAUGCCUCGGCCGUUAUAGAGCACACGAACAGGGUGAUUUACCUGGAGGAUGACGAUGUGGCCGCCGUGAAGAGCGACGGCACCCUCAGCAUUCACAGGCUAAACAAAUCCUCUGACGAUCCGCAUGCCCGGGAGAUCAUCACCCUCAAAAUGGAGAUCCAACAGAUCAUGAAGGGCAACUACGACUACUUUAUGCUGAAGGAGAUCUUCGAGCAGCCGGAAUCCGUGGUCAACACCAUGCGUGGCAGGAUGAGGUUCGACACGCAGAGCGUGGUCCUGGGAGGAAUCAAGGAGUACAUACCGGAGAUCAAGCGUUGUCGCCGUCUAAUGCUGAUAGCAUGUGGCACAUCCUAUCACAGUGCUGUGGCCACCAGGCAGCUGCUGGAGGAACUCACCGAACUGCCUGUGAUGGUGGAACUGGCCUCCGACUUUCUGGACAGGAACACCCCCAUCUUCCGGGAUGACGUGUGCUUCUUCAUCUCGCAAUCGGGCGAGACAGCGGACACGCUGAUGGCGCUGCGGUACUGCAAGCAGCGGGGUGCCCUCAUCGUGGGCGUCACGAACACAGUGGGCAGCAGCAUCUGCCGCGAGUCGCACUGUGGCGUGCACAUCAAUGCGGGGCCCGAGAUCGGAGUGGCCUCCACCAAGGCCUACACCUCCCAGUUCAUUUCGCUGGUCAUGUUCGCCCUGGUCAUGUCGGAGGAUCGCCUGAGCCUGCAGCAGCGGCGACUGGAGAUCAUCGAUGGACUGUCCCAGCUGGAUGAGCACAUCAGAACCGUCUUGAAGCUGAACUCGCAGGUGCAGGAGCUGGCCAAGGAGCUGUACGAGCACAAGUCGCUGCUCAUCAUGGGCAGGGGAUUCAAUUUCGCCACCUGUUUGGAGGGAGCACUGAAAGUCAAGGAGCUGACGUACAUGCACAGCGAGGGCAUCCUGGCUGGAGAACUGAAGCACGGACCACUGGCCCUCGUGGACAAAGAGAUGCCCGUGCUGAUGAUCGUCCUGCGUGACCCGGUCUACACGAAGUGCAUGAAUGCCCUGCAGCAGGUGACCUCGCGCAAGGGCAGGCCCAUCCUGAUCUGCGAAGAGGGCGACUCCGAGACCAUGGCCUUCUCCACACGAUCGCUGCAGAUCCCGAGGACCGUGGACUGCCUGCAGGGCGUGCUCACGGUUAUUCCGCUCCAGCUGCUCUCCUAUCACAUCGCCGUUCUGCGAGGAUGCGACGUGGACUGCCCCAGGAAUCUGGCCAAGUCGGUGACCGUGGAGUAGGCGCCACUAUUAUCUGGCAUUGUGGCCGCACCAAGAAUUCCAUUUUAGUAUCUGCCUGAGGAAAACAGACCCUAGCAUAUAAGUUGAAAUCUAUUGGUAUUUGCAAGGACUAAAAUCCGAUAUUACUCCAUUUAACCCGCUGUGUCCCAAUCGGCUAGAGCCGGAUCUGUUAACCGUUUUGUAGCCCCUACUGACCCCCUAGUUGUGUUGUGUCUCUUUUACUUUUUGUGAAUGUGCAAUUGAAAUAUAAAUAUUUCCAUAUUUUCUAAAAA